AUGAUCAAGCCGAUCGGAAAGAGCUUGGUCGCCGAAGAUUCGAACUGCUCUGCGCUGGAUGCGAUCAAGUGGAAGGAGCUGGCACUGGGGAGCCCCAGCCUAGAGAUGGGAACAGUAUUCCAUGUGCGGCCGAACCUGUGCCUCGUAAGGUUGGAGGCGGUAAGCCGGCAUGAAAUACUGUCCCGCUCUGCUGAGCACGCCAAGCUUUAUAGAGGCCAAUUUGGCCUUCUCUUCCAAGUGACCACGAAACUGCACGUCACUCAAUAUGUCGACGCCGAGGAUUCCGAAACUGGCUGA